UUUAUGCAUCCAUCAGGAGCAGCUUGGUGCUCAGUGUAGCAGAAUUGCAGUGCACUUGACUGGACAGGACCGGGAAGCAUCCAUACUGUCAGUGAGGGUGGGGUCCGGCUGCACCGAGAGGCAAAACACACACAGAGGGAAAAAGGAAUAAGCAAAGAAGAGGAGGGCAAGCACCAGAAGAGGAACACAACAAGGGAUGAAAGGUGACACCCCUGUGAACAGCACCAUGAGUGUCGGCCAGGCAAGGAAGCUGGUGGAACAACUGAAGAUCGAAGCAAGUUUCUGUCGGAUCAAGGUAUCCAAGGCAGCCGCGGACCUGAUGGCGUACUGCGAUGCUCACGCCUGCGAGGACCCUCUCAUCACCCCCGUGCCCACCUCAGAGAACCCCUUUAGGGAGAAGAAGUUCUUCUGUGCUCUUCUCUGAGCACCAAAUCAGCAAGAAAUCUCAAAUUAGCCUCAUUUAGAUGAUUGAUUUGUGUAUGCUCAUUUUACAUACACACACACACAAACAUACCUAUACACACACACACACACACAAAAAAAAACAUCCAAAUUUCUGGUUCUGGAAUAUGAUCAUUUGACAGUGGUCAAGGCUAAACAUCCAUAACAUGUGAGGACAUUUUGUGCUAAGCUGUUUUUUCGUGUUCUGUGAGAGACUUUGAGUCUCGAUUUUAUUAGGCAGGUGUGCUUUAGAUAGAAAGUAAUGACUCAAAUAUAACUGUACUAAAUGGUGUACCUGGUGAACACACACACACAUUUCACACUCACAUAUGCAAGCACAUGAUUUUUCUAAACUAGGAAAAAGAAACAGGAUUUGCGGUCGGAUGUUUUCUUAUUUAAACUAUUUUAAUUACUACAUAUUUAAGUAACAUGUAUUUUGUGUUUAUCCCCCAAACGGUAUACAAUCAUGAUUUAUAAAUUCUGUCUCUUUUGAGUUUUUUUUAUUAGUUUAUUUUUAUUCUUUUAUUUUUAUUUUAUGGCUCUGCAUGCGUGUGGAUUUUGGUAAAGGGUACAAUUUUUAUUAUAAUAAUAUUUAUUAUUAUUUAAUUGUUACAAAUAUACCCAAGUGGUAUGCAUUGACAUACACAAUAAUUCAAAUUAAAAAUCAUCUAAUAUAUAUCCUAAGAGAUUUAAAAAAUCUAAACGGCUAUCAGUGAUCGCACACAUAGAAUGGAUUUGGAAUAGCACUGUUCAAGCGCCAACUGUAAAUUAAAAAUUAUAUGUAAUACUACAACAAAAAAAAAACCUUGUGAUCCAAUCUGGGUUUUUGCAAAAAUACUUCAGACAAAAUUAAAUGAAAAAUAAAAAUAUCACCAAGACAGUUUGUGUUCUUGUAAAUCUUCUCAUGCUUAUGUAAGAUGAAUAUGACCUAUGGAAAUGUUUCAUACUUUAUAAACCAGUUAUAACACAUGCAUUACACAGACCAAAGAUUUCUUUGUAUUUAAUUAAUCCUACGAGGCUAAUGUACUGUAUAUAACGACUGAUUUAAUUUUAUUGCCACGUAAGGUUGCUGAACCUAAUUUUGACCAACUAAAGCCCCAGAGGCUUGUACUGUAUAGUGGCCACUAUACAUGAUGGGUGCAUCACUUCAUGUGCUUCCCUCUUACCCUGAUGCAUCCAUCGCUCUAGAAUAGGCUCAAUCUGGACUCAUCAGACCACAUGACCUUCUUUCCAUUGCUCCAAAGUCUAAUCUUUAUGCUUCCUCACAAAGUGUGGGUCUGAAUGACAAUUUAAUUUAUGAUUAUUUCAGUUGUUUCAUUAUGUCCAGUCACUUUAUGUUUCUUAAAUUCAUGAAGUGCUAUUCUGUGAUCAUAAAUGGAUAAACAUGGUCAGCAACAAUACUCAGGUAGGCUGUGGCAUUUAAAUGAUGCUCAAUUGGCCCAAAGAGGCCCAAAGUGUGCCAAGAAAAUCUCCUCCACACCAUUACACCAUCAGCUCCAACACCACCAGCCUGAACCGUUGAAAUCAGUCAGGAUGGAUCGAUGCCGUCAUGACGUUUAAACCAAAUUCUGACCCUAGCACCUGACUGUUAAUGCAAAAAUUAAACCAGGCAGCAUCCCACUUCAACUUUCGGGAAGUUAAAAGUUCAGGGAUGCUCUUAUGCAUAUUUAAAUUGUAAUAAGUUUUUUGAGUUACUGUUGCCUUUCGAUCAGCUCCAUCCAGUCUGGCUUUUCUCCUUUGACCUGGCAUCACUCCCACUCACUGGGUAUUUUCUUUUUUUUUUUUAGACCAUUCUUAGUAAAUUCUGGAGAUGGCCGUGUGCUCACCCAAACUUCAUCUUGAUCAUGUCUACAUGCUUAAAUGCAUUAAAUUGCUGCCAUGUGACUGACUGAUUAGAUACUAUUUAGUUUAAUUAACAAGCAGUUGAAUGGUGUACCUAAAAUGAAGUGACUCGUGAGUAUUUAUGGCUGUAUUGUCUGUACAUAUUUGUGUUAUACACCAUAAUCUACAUCAGUGGUUCAUAGUAUCAUUUUAUUUAAAAAAAGAAAUUAAUGACAGAACAAAAAUUGUAUUCCAUUUGUUUUCACUUUCACAGUAAAUGCUUGCCAGUGUUUUUAUAUUUUAACAAUGUUUUUACACUUACUUUUAAGUAGUAAAAUAUAUGCUUACUUGUAAA